AUUCCCUGCGCCCUAGAGCCGGCAAGUGUCGAAACAAUAAACUUGGUGAAUCGGGAGGAGGUUGCAUCAGUAUCGCUAAACCCAAGCCUUCCAGCUAGAUGCAUUUGCGGUUAAAGAAUCGCCGCCGAAGAGGUCUCAAGUCGUAACUAAGGACAAAGCAGUUAAGGGCAGAGGCGCCCUCAGCUCCAUCCUGGGUGCACCAAUAUCCGUCCGCGUGAUCGCGUGCUUCGAUUUUUUCUACUGUAUGAAUUUUCAACAAUAUUGAUACACAACAUGAGGGAAUUCAAGGUGGUGGUGCUGGGCUCCGGAGGCGUAGGCAAGUCCGCGCUGACGGUGCAAUUCGUCUCGGGCUGCUUCAUGGAGAAGUACGACCCGACGAUCGAGGACUUUUACAGGAAAGAGAUCGAGGUCGACAACUCGCCCUGCGUCCUCGAGAUCCUCGACACGGCUGGAACCGAGCAGUUCGCCAGUAUGCGCGACCUCUACAUAAAAAACGGCCAGGGCUUUGUCGUCGUGUACAGUCUGACGAACCAUCAGACCUUCCAGGACAUAAAGGCCAUGAAGGAGCUGAUAACUCGCGUCAAAGGCACAGAAAAGGUGCCCGUGCUCCUCGUGGCGAACAAACUUGAUCUGGAGCAUCAACGCGAGGUCGACACGGCCGAGGGCAACGCGCUAGCUCAGAUGUGGGGUUGCCCGUUCGUCGAAGCCUCAGCCAAGAAUCGCACCAACGUGAACGAGGUCUUUGCGGAGAUAGUGCGCGAGAUGAACUUCAGCCCCGAGAAGGAGAAAAAGAGUUAUUGCUGCUGCAGUAUACUCUAAUACUUAAUCAAGCCAAGCAGCAGUUAUGACGUGAUUAGAAUACACAAAGAGGAAAGGAGAGGUGGUGGUAGUAGUGCGGAUAUGCGGUGGACUGACACGUGCUGGUGGUCACAUGUACAUGUAUACCUUUUCACUGUCGCAACUACGUAUGCGGAGGAAAGUGCGUUGGAACUUACUAUUUUAAUUUAUCGAGUUGCCAAGUGAUAUACGUGGGGGUGUUUCCUAAUUGCGGUCAAUUGCGAAUAUAGCCCGAGGAAACGUGUCGACUUUGAGAACGUAAAAAGUAACAUUAAAUGUCUCCUCUUCCUCUUUAUUUUUUUCCCCCUCCUCACACUACAGAGCCGGAAAACGAGCGCAUGACUGGCUGUAAACAUGCCUACUAAGAGGAGGAAAAAAAAAAAUAGCGAAAAGAGGAAGGAGAAUUAGACAGGUGCGCGUCUUCGUCGCGUUUCUAUCGGAGAUAUAUUACACAUGUGUACACAUAAAUAAAACAAACUAAAAUCAUAGCGUGACGCAUGUACUGCUGCAGUAAAAUCAAAAAGACGAGCGUCACGGUUAUUUUAUUAUACGCCGAUGGUAUUACGUGUAAUAAUAUUGUAAUAUAUAUAUAUGUAUAUGAAAUUGGUAGGCGUUUAAGCAAGAUACAGUUAGUUAGAGAAAGAUGAGAGUCGAUUGCACAUUAUACAUAAAGACACACACCUAAGGAUACAAAAAAUAAAUUAAAGUACACACACACACUCACUAAGUAAGAAGGGGUUAGGACCAAAAUGUUGCAUGACACAACGGCAUUUAGGAGUGUGAACAAAUGAGUGAUGAUUUAUCCGAGUAAGUUGUUAUAAUUGUUAUUUCUCAUAGGCGGCGAAGAAACCAAACUGAGUGUGUAACACUUUCUAGCUUAACGCUCGACCUUUUUUUCCCCCCGAUUUUGUAAAAAGUAUCUGAAAAAACAUACAUACAGAACUGGCCGAGUCGCACGCCUUAGAUUUUUUGAAGUGUGGUCCUUGUUUUUUCAAGUGUCCCUUUUAAUUUGAUCUAGUUUUUGUUUCAAGACCAUCGCGCGAUCGUCAACCGUGUUAAUCAUUACUAUAUAUGUAUUUCAAUAGGUAAUCGUUAGUCAGCAAUCGGAAUCCGACACAAAGGAGAAUAAAUCCCGUUUCUUUUGUUGGUAUUGUUCGCUAAGAAGUACAUAGUAGUUCUUAUGACUGUCUACUUGCUUAGAAUAUUUUUAGUUGACCAAGAACCACGAAUAUGGUUUUUCCAAGAAAUCGUAGAGAGUUUCUCUCUUAACGGAGAUUUCAGUUCUCAAGCUUAUUGUACUGGGCUCGAACCAAAGCUUUGCGGAACGUAAUAAAUCGGAGUGUCUUUCCGUGCGAUGGAGUAGUAGACGACUGCAAUUAAUGUCAUUUCGUCUCUUUACUUUUUCGUUUUAGUUAUUUACCACACUUGAAAUCUCAUUAAUUGUUGUACUAUAUGAGUUAAUAGGGACUUGAAAGAGCAAAUUGAUUUUAGAAUAUUUGAGAUUACAUAAAAAAAAAACAGCUUAGCCUCAUAGUCUAGUUAGUUUAUUUUUUAAAUGUUAUUUUCUUUUA